AAGUAUUAUAUUCACCCAUACAUGUUAGUGGUACAUGUAGUACCAGGUAUAUAGAUAGCUAUAGAAGUUCCAUAAUAGGCUUAUCACACAGUGCGUCACCAUAAUAAUACCACGCUAAACUCUGAAAAGAAACCGAAAGAAGAAAAAUAUUCAUAUAACUGCUUGUACAUUAUGUAGCUAUCGAUCUGAGCACUCUUGUCAGUCGAAGGCUUGCUAUAUGACCAAGUAGUAGCUGGUGUGAUUGUUAUACACAUAUUUUAAUCGUUUGUUCGAGAAUACAAUAUCAUAAGGAGAGAAAAGGACUAACUUUAUCUGAUUUCUGAACUGUUUUGGUGGAUUCUGGACGAACAUGCAAUGUUAUGACUUACUUAAUCCGAUUUUCUGAACUGUUUUGGUGAUUCUGGACGAACAUGCAAUGUUAUGAUUCUGUUGUUGGCGGAAGCUAGUGCCUGCUAUGUAGUACACCCAUUGGCGGGGGAAACAGUGCAACGUUUGAUGGACGGAGAUGCUAUGGAUAAUUGCAAGCAUGGAACUUCAGUGAACUCGUUGUAAAUCUCUGCAGUGAACUCAAGAGGAUCUGACAAAGGUGUUGGAUCUCAUCCUUGUCUUUUUACGGAGAAAUUAAACGACAACGUGGAUAUGUUGGAAAGAAGAGGGAAGAGCCCUACAAAGUGAACUUGCACAAGGGACGAGCCAUGUCUCGCUUGAAUUUCAUAUCUAAUCGGAAAAGUCAUCAUUUAUGAAGAAUAUAUCUCUGGUAAUGAACGAGUGAUACCCUAAUGGCAGGUAUGAUGAAAUUUUUUAGACCAAAUAAUUCCUUCGGUCCCGGGAACAGACCGUCUUCCUCUACCGGGAAUGGGACCGAAUCAUCGGGAACAUCUGGACGACAGAAACGCAAUCGACAUAUACCACCUCCGUUGCAACUUGUUGAUCAAGCAAAUGGAGGCCAGACACAAAGUGCGCGUGAUACGACUGGAACUCCAAACAGACCUUUAUCUUCGAUGAGGAUUUCGGAGCAUGCUUCCGGCUUCGCUUUCUACCAUGCCUACCUCACUGAAGAUCAGGAGGAAGAGGCAUUCAAAAAUCAUCUUUUUAAAACUGGCUCAUAUCUUAUGAGAGAUAGCAAGAGCAAUUCACAAGCAGUCACCAUGUCAGUCGUGAUCGACCCUCUCCAUUUGUAUCACUUCCAAGUGGUUCAAGCUACUAGCUGCUUCAACGUAGUCGGCACAGGAAAAAAGUUUUCUAGUCUAGAAGACAUGAUCGAGUAUUACGAGCAAACAAACAUUCCAGGAAAGACAGACAGUCCUGUCUUUCUUAGGCACCCUGUACAAUGUAAUAGAGAUGGCGUCCUUUCACCACCGUCUUCAGCGCCUGCUGCUACCUCCACAUUACGAAAGAAUGGCCCCACCACGCCAGUUGUUACCACCAUGGAACGACAGCGUAAACGACUUGGCAAGAACAAUCGUCGGGCGAAUUCUGUGGAGGAAUUGCCUCAGGGUUCGCCCCAGACAAGGACGUUUGUUCGAGUACCGCCUUCACCGAAGCAGGAUCAGACUCAGUCUAGACACAGUCAAUCCAAGCUCCCACCUAUACCUGAACCAGGACCACCUCAAAGACAACCCGCCAUGGAGCUAUACGAGGAUCCUCAUGAUGAUGGAGAAGAUGGAGAAGGUGGAGCAGUAGGUGGAGCAGUGGGAGGAGCAGAAGCAGCAGGAGCGUCAUCUACGGAUAAGAUCGACUACCGCCCUCCAAUGCCAAUUCCUAGACCUGUAUCCGAGUACAGUCGGGGUCAUGAUUACUCAGAAGCAGACCAUCCUGACCUGGAUCGGAUCAAGAUGGUCCUAGAGCUAUGCAGGCAGUCAGACGUCAUCCAUGCAAGCCGUAAGAAGUGCACGUGCGGUCUGUAUUUGGAAGAGUCCAUUCUUGUACAGGGAUGGAUGAUGCAUGUAGACAAUGAACCUGGUAAGACACAAGGUCGCAUCUUCUUCUUGGACACCAAGGCAAACACCACCACGUGGAGUUUACCAGAAGACAUAGCAACUGAAUUAAAGAGCCAUUGCCCAGUCAAAUGGGAGUUUGUGAAGAAGCAGUUAGCAGCGGCAAAGAAAAAGACCACUCCUACCACUACAUAGACGUGUCCUAUAAGGUUUGAUGGUUGUAAUAUGUGAUCAACUAAAUUAAAUGAACGAUGUUAUGGAGGACACAGAAAAGAUCUGUAUGCAUCUUUAAAGUUGUAAAAGUAAUUUCAACUCUAAUAUGAUUCAACUCUGAUAUGAAAAACAUGAUUAACAUCUUGGUAUGUCAGCUCAUCUAUGUAACCGAUUUUCUAUUUGCUUGUUAUCGUUUACAACAUUUAUACAAAUGGACUGGGUUUACCGACAACAUGUGAUAGAAUUUAAAUACUCAUCAUCCUAUCAUCCAUUGGUUCGUACCCUCUUUCUGUUUACAUCUUCAGUAUCGGGAAUUUUAUAUAUACAUAUAUUAUAUAUUUUUUUUUUUGGUUGUCUUGAUUGUAUACUACAUAUUUCUGCCAUAGUUUAUGUGUCACACCCUAAAAGGGGGAAAGUUUGUUUUAUAUAUAAUCUUUUGCGCUGGUCGCAUUUUCAAGUAUUCACAGCAUCAUAAAAACUUGUAUAACCAUUAUAAAACUAGUAUAACCAUUUGUGCUCCCAGACAUAAUAGCUGGGAUUUUGUGUUUAAUGUACAAAUUUAUUUCUAAGAAUUCUAAAGGCUGUAUCCUUGUAAGGAGGUGCAUCAGAGCAUCGGUAGAAUCAAGCAUUCACAGUAUAAAUGUGGUUGAUUUUCCUAAAAUAUCUAAUUUUCCUUAGUGUAAUAUAAUUAUAUUCCGCUUUUAUAUAGCGCUUAAUACAAUCAUCUACGGUGUCUCUAAGCGCUUUACAGAUAUAUUAUUAUCCCGGCCAUUGGAUUCAAUACUUGCCCGCACACACUGUGUGCACAAUCUCCACUCUCUGGGGAGCAUUCCAGCCGGGCGUUACUUGACGCUCAAAAACUGUUUGAUUAACAAUGACGGUCUCAUCUUACCGGGUACCCAUUUAACUUAAUUUACUCAAUAUGAUUCAUCAUGAAAAGGAAUGAUUAGAAUUCCCAUUGAUGGCAAAGUGAAUUGACGAAAGAAAUUAUCGAAUUUAUUGAUUUGUUUUAAAUAAUCAAAAUGUCCUUUAUUAUAUUUUUUAAAGAAAAGCUUAUUAGAUGAGGGUGAUACUAUUAAUGUAAUUUAAUGUUCUUUUUAACACACGUACUCAAGCACACGUACUCAGGCACACAAAAUGUAAACUAUUUACUUAAGAUGUAAAUAAAAAAUCCCUUGCGCUGGUCGCAAGUUUAAGUAUUCAUUCCAUUUUUAUGAUCCUUUUACAAGCCAGCAUAACUAUAUGUAGAUUGUUUUGUUUGCUCAUACAGAUUGAUAUUGGUAUUGGUUUUGCAUGGUUAAGACUUUGAGUGCAAAUUUUCUCAGACAUGUACAUUUUAUUGUGAAAGAAACAUAUCCUCUAUGAGGUUUUAAUUGCAUUUGAUGUAAGAAAAAUUUAUUGUGCGAUUUGUGAAUUGGCAAGAUUUCUAAAUGGCGCUGCUGUUAUGUUUUCGGUUGACUCCUGUUAAAGGGUCAUAAAGGUUAAGAACUGUUUUUGUAACAGCAAAUGGCUGUUUUUAUGGAAUAUGAUUUUUGCAUUUCAUGGGGAAACAUUUUUUUUAUAAGAAAAUGUUAUUGGUACAUUCAUACUGUCAUGUACAUGUAUUAUUCAAAUAGAAUAAAUCACAUUAUCAACAUUAA